AUUCCAUUCUGUCCUUUGUUUCGAAAAUGGCGGCGAACCUCGUGUGCCGGGUACACCCUGUGGUGUUAUUUAGCAUUAUUGACUCAUACGAAAGGCGAAAUGAAGACGCAAAAAGGGUCAUCGGUACACUACUAGGAGUAUAUGACAAAGGUGCUGUAGAGGUUACCAACUGCUUCGCUGUGCCUCAUAAUGAGUCUGAAGACGAGGUUGCGGCUGAUUUGGAAUAUGCCAGGAACAUGUAUGAACUGCACAAGAAAGUCAAUGCAGCUGAAGUCAUCGUUGGAUGGUAUUCUACAGGAUCCGAGGUGUCGGAGCACUCUGUGCUAAUCCACGAAUACUAUGCCCGCGAGGCCAAGAGUCCUGUGCAUCUCACUGUGGAUACAACACUCAAAGGCAGCAAGAUGGACGUCAAGGCUUACAUCAGUACACCCAUUGGCGUGCCCAACAAAACAAUGGGCUGUAUGUUCACCGCUGUUCAAGUGGAGACCAUCACCUACACCCCAGAGAGAGUUGGAGUGGAUUUGAUUCAGCAGGGGAAGUUGAACCCCAAACGUAGUGUUGCCAUGGUGACCGAUCUUCAGCAGGUGGAAAAUGCUUGUAUCUCCCUCCAGGACAAACUAUCUAUGGUGAUGGCAUAUGUAGAGGAUGUUUUGGCCAACAAAAUCCCAGCCGACAACAGAAUAGGCAGACAUUUAUUGGAACUGACAACAAAUGUUCCCCAGAUUGCUCCAGAGGAGUUUGAAUCGAUGUUGAAUUCAAAUAUGAAAGAUCUGUUGAUGGUGGUGUACCUUGCUAACCUAACCAGAACACAGCUGGCUCUGAACGAAAAACUCUCCGCACUUUCAGUAUAAUGUUAUUUAUUGUCACUCAUCAUCAUAACCAUGUAAUAAAAGACAUUUCUCCAUU